AAGAAGUAGCAGCAAGAAGUUCCCGGAUUUCCUGGUGCGCUGUGGGGAGUGAUGAGCUACGCAAGUGUGAGCGCUGGAGCCACCUAAGCCAGGGCAAGGUGACCUGCACCUCGGCCUCCACCACAGAAGACUGCCUUGCCGCUAUCCUGAAAGCCGAGUCGGACGGUAUGAGUUUGGAUGGAGGCUUCAUCUACACUGCUGGCAGAUGUGGCUUAGUACCUGUCCUGGCUGAGAACCAAAAAUCCACAAAGAGUAAUGGUCCUGAUUGUGUGAACCGACCGCCUGAAGGCUACCUGGCUGUGGCAUUAGUGAUGAAAGAAAAUGCAGACAUCACCUGGAACUCUCUAGAAGGCAAGAAGUCCUGCCAUACUGCUGUGGGCAGGACUGCAGGCUGGAACAUUCCCAUAGGCCUGCUCUUCAACCAGACAGGCUCGUGCAAAUUUG